AUGACAGCCCCUUUGGUCAACGGCUCCAGCAGCCACCAUGAUAUCGUCCUCAAGACCUUCCGGCUCCUCAUCGCCGAUCUGUGCCAGCAGUUUGGCGGUGGUCACCCUGGAGGCGCCAUUGGCAUGGCAGCGAUUGGAGUAGCCCUUUGGCGCUAUGUCAUGCGAUACGCACCGCACACUCCCGACUUCUUCAACCGCGACCGCUUCGUCCUAUCCAACGGCCAUACCUGCCUCUUCCAAUACACAUUCCUUCACCUGACGGGCUACAAGAACAUGACUUUCGAACAACUCAAGUCAUAUCAUUCCGAGCGUGAGGAUGCGCUGUGCCCCGGCCAUCCCGAAAUCGAACACGAGGGUAUCGAAGUCACAACGGGUCCGCUCGGCCAAGGCGUCGCUAACGCUGUUGGUCUGGCUAUGGCCACCAAGAACCUGGCUGCCACAUAUAACCGACCAGGGUAUGACGUUGUCAACAACCACACAUGGUGCAUGAUCGGCGAUGCCUGCUUGCAGGAGGGUGUCGCUCUUGAAGCGAUUUCCCUGGCCGGCCACUGGAAGCUGAACAACUUGACCAUUAUGUAUGACAACAAUCAGAUCACCUGCGAUGGCUCGGUCGACCUUACAAACACUGAAGAUAUCAAUGCCAAGAUGCGUGCUUGUGGGUGGGACGUUAUUGACAUUGAGGAUGGUUGCUACGAUGUUGAGGGUAUAGUGCAGGCGCUGUCCAAGGCUCGUGCAUCCACGGAAAAACCUACCUUCAUCAAUAUCCGCACGGUGAUCGGUCUCGACAGCAAGGUUGCCGGUCAGGCUGCUGCUCAUGGUGCGGCCUUUGGUGUUACUGACGUUGCAGAUAUGAAGCGCAAGCUCGGCUUCAAUCCAGAGGAGCACUUUGUCAUCGGCGAGACAGUGCGCCAUUUCUUCGCUGACCUCCCUACCCGCGGCGAAGCUUGGGCCAAGGAAUGGAAAGACCUUGUUCAGCGUUACAGCGAAGCACACCCAGAGCUGGCCGAGGAGUUCCAGCGCCGUGUGCGUGGCGAGAUCCCAGCCGACUGGCAGAAGCUCAUCCCUACCGAAUUCCCCGACAAGCCGACGGCAACUCGUGCCUCGUCCGGCCUUGUCUUCAACCCCCUCGCACAAUCCAUUAACUCGUUUAUGGUCGGAACUGCCGAUCUAUCGCCGUCAGUCAACAUGAUCUGGAAGGGGAAAGUUGACUUCCAGCACCCUGACCUGCGAACGACUUGCGGCAUCAACGGCGACUACUCCGGCCGAUACAUCCACUAUGGUGUCCGUGAACACGCCAUGGCUGCCAUCUCAAACGGUCUUGCCGCUUUCAACCCCAACACCUUCAUCCCUAUUACCUCCUCUUUCUUCAUGUUUUACCUUUAUGCCGCUCCCGCCGUCCGCAUGGGCGCCCUUCAACACCUCCAAGUCAUUCACGCCGCAACCCACGACUCCAUUGGCAUGGGCGAAGACGGCCCAACCCACCAGCCCAUAGAGCUCGCCUCCCUAUACCGCGCCAUGCCAAACCUCCUCUUCAUCCGUCCAGGAGAUAGCGAAGAAACAGCCGGUGCCUGGAUCGCCGCCAUUACCGCAAAGAAGUCUUCCACCAUUAUCUCCACAUCCCGCCACACCCUCCCCCAACUAAAACAGACACGCCGCGAUGGGGUGCUGAAGGGCGCGUACGUGCUCGAAGAUGCGUCAAAUGCAAGCGUAACGCUCAUUGGUGUCGGUGCCGAACUCUCAUUCGCACUUGAAGUCGCCGCCCAACUGAAGGAGAAAAAGGGAAUCACCGCGCGGGUCGUUAGUUUCCCUUGCCAGCGGCUGUUUGAGCAGCAGUCUCUUGAGUACAGGCGUGGUGUUCUGCAACGGCACAAGGGAAUACCAGCAGUCGUGAUUGAGCCGUAUGCGCCGAAUGGAUGGGAGAGGUACGCGGAUGCGGGAAUCUCGGUGAAGCGGUUUGGACACAGUCUUCCUGGAAAGGCAGCGUAUAAGUUCUUUGGCUUUGACAUUGGGGUCAUGACGGACAAGGUUGGGAAUUACCUGGAGCAGCUGGAGGGCGAUGAGGCGCUAAGAGGAGAGUUUGUUGAUCUGUAG